GUGCACAAGAAGAGCGCUGAGAGGAUGAGACAGAGGAUAGAAGAUAAAAGCUCAUUGUUCUCUAGCUGGGCUUGAGAGGAGGAGGUGUGGCAUCAUCUCCAAGGCGUUGUCGUGGAGACGGUUGUCUAGCUGGGCGCUGCUCUCCCUCUCCCUCUCUCUCUCCUGCUUUCUCUCGGGUGCCUUCCCUCGCUCUCACUCUCUCUUUUUCUCACUCACACACACACACAAGUCCAGCUGAUCAGGUACGGACUGAGCCUAUGGCAUCUGGAGCUGCAGCCACAGCUCAGAGAGACUCUAUGGUAAUGAGCUACGACCUUUAAAAAGAGGGUGCAGCUCUGUGCGCAAGAAGAUCAAAGCCAAAAGUCUAUCUGGUCAUGGUGCUCUCUCUGGCCUCAUGUGUUCCGGCUCGCUUCUCCUCCUCCUCCUCCUUCAUCCUCCUCCUCUCCCGCCUCCUGCCGGCUCUCCUUCUCCUGGUCGCACUCGUGUGCCCGGGCCCGGUGGGCGGCUGCCCCGCCCGUUGUGAGUGCUCGGUGCCCACGCGCUCGGUCUCGUGCCACCGGCGGAAGCUGGCCACCGUUCCCGAGGGCAUCCCCAUCGAGACGCGCCUGCUGGACCUGAGCAAGAACCGCCUGCGUAGCCUGGCGCCGCAAAACUUCUCCCAGCUGCAGCAGCUGGAGGACCUGGACCUGAGCGCCAACCUGCUCGCCUCGGUGGAGCCCGGAAGCUUCCGCGCUCAGCCGCGCAUGCGGGCGCUGCGCCUCCGCGGCAACCAACUGACCCUGCUCCCGCGCGGCGCGCUGGCUGGCCUUGGCGAGCUGCGGCUGCUGGACCUGAGCCAGAACAAGCUGGUCAUCCUGCUGGACGGCGCCUUCGAGGAGCAGCAGCGCCUGGAGACGCUGGAGCUGAGUGACAACGAGCUGGUGUUCGUGGCGCCGCGGGCCUUCAGCGGUCUGCUCUCGCUGCGGCAGCUGACGCUGGAGCGCUGCAACCUGUCGGCCAUCCCCGGUCAGGCGUUGGCGCAGCUGCGCGCCCUGGAGACGCUGCGGCUGAGCCAGCUGGCCAACGUGGCCGAGGUGCCGCCGCACGCCUUCCGGAACAUGCCGCGACUCCGCCACCUGACGCUGGAGCGCCUGCCGCUGCUGGAGGCGUUGCCCAGCCCGGCGUUCCUCGGACUCAACCUCACCACGCUGGCCAUCACGCAGACCAACCUGUCGACCGUGCCCACGCUGGGUCACCUGCGGCACCUCACGUUCCUGAACCUGUCCCACAGCCGGGUGCGUGUGCUGCGGGCGGGGGGGCUCCGAGGGCUGGCCAGGCUGGAGGAGCUUCACCUGCGCUCGGCCGCACUGGAGCGAAUCGAGCCCGACGCCUUCCUGGGCGCGCCGUCGCUCCGGAUGCUGGACGUCUCGUCCAACCGGCUGGCCACACUGGAGCGUGCGGCCUUCCCUGAGGGCCACGACCUGAGCCUGCAGACGCUGAGGAUCGGCCGCAACCCGCUGGUGUGCGACUGCCGCCUACGCUGGCUCCUGCAGAGGUCGCCGCCGCUCCUCCACACGUCGGUCGACAAGCGGAGCCCAACGCCGGACGACAUGCCGCCCGAGUGCAGCGCCCCCGCGUCGCUGGCAUCCAAGAGCCUGCGCGAGGUUUGGUCCAGCGCGCAGCUGGUGCGGCUGGUGGUCUGCACCAAGCCGCGCGUCAUCGCCGUGGCCACGCAGCCGGUCCAGGUGGAGGAGGGUCAGCGCGCGUGGCUCAACUGCAGUGCAGACGGCGCGCCGCCGCCCACCGUCUCCUGGGUGACGCCCAGCCGCCGCCACCUGACCACCAAGAGCACAGGCCGCGUGGUCGUCCACGCCGACGGCUCCCUGGAGGUGCGCGUGGCCGAACGGCAGGACAGCGGCAUCUAUGUGUGCGUGGCAUCCAACCCAGCGGGUAACGCCAGCCUGUCUGCCUCGCUGGCUGUCAAGAGCCUGCCAGCCCGAGACCGCGCCCUACUCGCCAACCGCAGCCUGCACUACGACUACCAGGACGCAGACUACCAUGGCAACGGUGACGGCGCUGCCCACAACGCCUCACUGCACGGCAACAGCACGGACCGCUACGCCCGCGUGCGCGUGGCCCUGGACUUCACCACCAUCCUGGUCUCCACGGCGAUGGGCUGCCUCAGCUUCCUGGGAGUGGUCCUCUUCUGCUUCCUGCUGCUGUUCGCCUGGAGCCGCGGCAAAGGCAAACACCGGGGAAGUGUGGACAUCCAGUAUGUGCCGCGCAAGCGCAAGGCCGGCGGCAACGAGCUGCCCGAGACCAGCGGGCCACGACGGGUCAACAUGAAAAUGAUCUGAGCAGCUCCACGCCCCCCCCCCCCCCCCACCCCCCCUUUAGGAAGGCCGCAGGGGGCCCUGGCCUGGGCGUGUUCGAUGAGUACAUAUUUGGCAGUGAAUUGUGAAAGAGGAGCAUGCGUGCCUGAGUCUUGCCAUGGAGUCAGGGCAGACGAGUGUGGAGUGUGUGUGAGGGUGGUGGUGGCCUCAGUGUGUCGGCUGAUUAAAGGUUCAGUGCGGAAGACGAGGUCCAAAGGGUUUCUGAUAGCCGGGGUGUUGGGACCAGGGAAGAGGGUUGGACAGGGAAAUGAGUCACUCCAAGUUUACCAUGACUGGGAACAGGGCGAGGAGACAGCUGUUUACCAUUUUAAGGUUAUUAUGAGGGACCACUAGGGAUUGAGCUAGAGGAGAAACAUACUCUCACUGAUGCAUAGACUCUCUCACACACACACACACACACUCACACACACACACACACACACACACACACAUUCCAAAACACACACACACACAUAGAUGAGUAAUGUUAGGACACUGAAAUGUGAGGAUAUAAGAGAAUGUGUGAACAUGUAUGCGUGUGUAUGUACGUUUGUGUUUGUUGGAUUGUUUGUGUGCUUGUGUGUGUGUGUGUGUGUAUGGGAAUACAACUUUACAUGUAUAUGUAUGAAUGUGAGUGUGUCUGCUUGUGCAUGUGCUUAUGUAUGUGAGUGUAUGGGCGUGUAUGUGUGUGUGUGUGUGCAUCUUUAAUGGAUAUGCAUCUCUGUGUAUGCAAUGUUUGUGAGAUACAAUGCUUGAGGGAAUCAGAUAGGUUUCCCAAAGCGAGGGACAAAUCUUGUUGUAUGUCUUAAACUCAAACAUGCCCAAGAAGCUGCCGCUACGAUGCCAUCGCUCCAGUGGUCAUUUGUUAAACACCAGGUAUUUUUGGGAGGUAACCUCCUGCUGGUUUGGGGACUUUGACAGUGAUUGUAAUUGUUGCCCGAAGCUGUUUUUUGUUUUUCUGUUUUUCUGUGUGUGAUACUACAAGGGGUUAGAUGCGAUGUGCUCAGCGCAAAAAAAAACGAACCAAUCAAUCUCUCUCUCACGACCACAGGAGAAGAAAACGCGCCUGAGGACACCACUUUGUUGGAGGUGCACAAGUAAUUCAUUUUAAAAAUGACUAAUUUGUAAAGACAUCUAUCCUGCCAUAUGCAGGUGUUUACAGCAUUAACACACUGAAAGAAUUUGAAUAAAUAUGAUGCUAUUUAUGAUUCAUGAUAAUGGAAGCCCAAAAUGUAAGUAAUUUUUCGAAAGCAAACGAGGGUGACAUCUUUUCGGUGAAUAAAAAUAUUCUCAUAGAAAUAAAUUAAAAAUUAAAUGCUUAUUAAAAAUAGCAUUGUGAAUUAAUCAACCGAAUGACCUUUUCUGAGAACCCCCGUGGUUUGAUCAUGUCCUGCAAUCACCCCCUGCGCCCUUCUCUGUGUGCUUGGAUUGUACGUGUGUACUUUGUGGUGUCUAUUACCCAGACGAAUACACUUAAUCCAAAAACAAAGUGUUUUGCGCGUCUUCUGCGAUGCCACAACGAUCAGCUCUUAAUGUGGAUGGUCUCACGGAUUAUGGACUCGUAUGGUUCUACUUUGGGUGUGCUGGAGUGCUUUAACUGAAGUGUUGUAGACUUUUUACUUCUUUGUAAGACUGUGAGAAAAUGUUCUAUUUAUAUACAACACAUAUAUCUCUAUAUAUCUAUAUCAGUAUAAUAUAUAUAAAUAUACUAUCAAAGUCCUAGAAAUGGCAACUUUUUUCGCUGCAAAAACUCAGCCGUCUUCCCUGAACAAAGUAAGCAUUGAGUUGGAUCCAGUGUCAGCAGUGGUGUGUAUUUGUAAAGUGUUUGGUUCCGCUCUCUGAGUUUGCUCCCCUCUGUUUGAGCAGAUUGGGUCUGUAAGCUGAUUAAACAUGGAAGUUGUUUCUCAUUUUGUUGUAAAAAAAGACGAUGUUUUGACAAAAAAAAAAGAUGUGAAGACCUUGUUUGCCUUGGUGGGAAAAAAAGGACUUUGUAUUUGUGACCUCAGUGGAAGUCUUCUUAAGUGUGUGAACUCUGGUUUUUUGAUGUUCUGUCAAAUGCUGCUCUCGAAAAGUUUUUACAUGAAAAUGAAUAUCUGCGUAUAUUUUCCAAAGAAAAUAAAACUCAAGCAUACAGCUUUACUACCGUGCAA